GAGGUUAAAACCAAUGGGGGAGGGGGGUUUUCUGCGGAGCAAUAAACAAAAGCAAACUACCACGUUUUGCUUCAUAUAGAGCUGUUGGAUCGGUGACUCCAAUUCCGGGGAGUCUCUCUAACCGGAAAAACACUCUGAACGACCUCCAAGUAUGCCGAGAGUGACCUCAUCACCUCCUCGGAUUCACAGCUCCUUCUUCCUCUUCUUGUACAUCCCCUGUCUCGUCUUCCUCUGCUCCCUCUCCCAUGUUGCAGAGUCUCAAAUCCAAGAUCAAGAACAGCAAGUCCUGUUGAAGCUGAGGCAAUCCUGGCAGGACCCAUCUUCCCUCGACCACUGGGUCACCUCCAAUUCAUCCUCCCACUGCACAUGGCCGGAGAUCACCUGCCAAGACGGCUCAAUCACCGAGCUCAAUCUUGUCAACCUGAACAUAAAUUUUUCGAUCCCCCCAUUCAUCUGCGACCUCAAGAAUCUGACCAAGCUCAAUCUCUCCUACAACAAUAUUCCUGGAGAGUUUCCCACUGUUCUCUACAACUGUUCCAAGCUCGUGUACCUCGACCUGUCCCAGAAUUACUUCGAAGGUCCUAUUCCAUCCGACAUCGACCAUAUGGCCGAUCUUCAGGUCCUGAUUCUUGCCGCCAACAGCUUCUCAUUCGAUGUCCCAGCGUCAAUUGCGAGACUGCGGAGGCUGAGGAUCCUUCACCUUUACCAGUCCGAGUACAAUGGCACUUACCCUGAAGAGAUUUUUGGCCUGUCUGAUCUCGAAGAACUGAGGCUCGAGUACAACGACAAGUUUGUGCCGUUGCAGCUACCACAGAACUUAACUGCCCUGAAGAAGCUGCGGUUCUUCUCGAUGGCGCAGACUAACCUGUUUGGUGGAAUCCCAGAGACAGUCGGUGAUAUGGAGGCUCUCGAGUACUUAAAUUUGGCGAUGAAUCUACUGACAGGAGAGAUCCCAGGUAGCAUUUUCACUCUGAGGAACUUGAGCGAGUUGUACGUGUUCACGACCAAUGUGUCCGGGUCAAUCCCUCAGGCAGUGAGUGCCGUGAACCUGAGAGUGAUCGAUCUGUCAUUUAAUAAUUUGACGGGGAACAUACCUGAAGAUUUUGGGAAGCUCAAGAAUCUAUCCAGCUUGAAUUUAAUAUUCAAUCAAUUGUCCGGUAGAAUCCCAGAAGGUUUCGGGCGGCUUCCUGCUUUGUCUAAGGUCAGGCUGUCCAACAACAAUUUGUCAGGCACGAUCCCCCAGGACUUCGGCAAGUUUUCCCCACUUGAAAGAUUCGAAGUGGCCUUCAACAACUUGACCGGCGCAUUGCCAGAACAACUGUGCCAUGGUGGCACACUGAUCGGGUUGGCUGCUAUGCACAACAAUCUCAGCGGGGAGUUGCCGGAGUCACUUGGAAAUUGCAGUGCUUUGUCCGUAGUGAGGUUGAACAACAAUGGAUUCACUGGCAAUGUGCCUGGAGGACUCUGGAUGUUGCGGAACUUGACGACUUUGAUCUUGAGUGGUAAUGGAUUAACUGGCGAGCUUCCUGAGGAGCUGUCCCAGAACCUCACUCGGGUCGAGAUGAGCAACAACGGAUUCUUCGGCAAGAUUCCAAGCACACUGUCUUCGUGGAGGAACUUGGUGGUGUUUGAUGCCAGUAAUAACCUCCUCAGCGGCACCAUUCCGACUGAAUUGACCGAGCUUCCUUCACUUACGAUGCUUUUGCUAGGUCAGAACGAGCUCUCCGGUAAUCUUCCAACAGCUAUUGUUUCGUGGAACUCCUUGACCACUCUGAAUCUUAGUCACAAUCAAUUGUCUGGACCGAUUCCUAGCAAAAUCGGUCUUCUACCGGUACUCAGGCAAUUGGACCUGUCUGAAAACCAACUGUCUGGCUCGAUUCCUCCUGAUUUAGGCCUGAAGCUGAACAUUCUCAAUUUAUCCUCCAAUCGCCUCAGUGGACGAAUCCCAGACGAGUUAGAGAAUGCCGCAUAUGCCACCAGUUUCCUGAACAACCCAGGCCUCUGUGCAUCCAAUCCACUCAUAAGGCUCAAUUCCUGCAAUUCCCAAUCCCGUAGAUCGAGCAAAAGCUUGCCAACCAAUCUCGCCUUGAUUGUGAUCUUGGCCAUUGCUGCAGCGAUGUUCAUUUUUCUGGCAGUGGUAUUCACGGUCAGAGCUUCCAGAAAGAAGAGAAACGGGUUUGGUUCAACUCCGAAACUGACCCCAUUCCGAAGUUUGAAUUUCACAGAAUCAAAUGUUCUGUCGGGAUUGAAGGAAGAUAAUGUGAUUGGAAGUGGCGGAUCAGGAAAAGUAUACAGAAUCAUCGUGAAUUGUUCUGGUGAUGCCAUCGCGGUAAAAAGGAUUUUUGAUAACAGAAAAUUGGACGAGAAGCUAGAGAAGCAAUUCUUAGCAGAAGUGGAGAUACUUGGGAGCAUAAGGCAUCUGAACAUAAUCAAAUUGCUGUGCUGUAUUUCUUGUGAGAACUUGAAACUCAUAGCGUACGAGUACAUGGAAAAUCACAGCUUGGACCAUUGGCUUCACAAGAUGAGAAGAUCAUCACCCGUCUCAGGUGGAGCCAACAGUAUGUUCUUGGAUUGGCCCAAAAGGUUACAGAUUGCGCUAGGAACUGCUAAGGGACUUUGCUAUAUGCAUCAUGAUUGUUCACCACCCAUCAUCCACCGAGACGUGAAAUCGAGCAACAUUCUUUUAGACUCGAAGUUCAAUGCAAAAAUUGCUGACUUUGGCCUUGCAAGGAUGUUGGCCAAGCACGGGGAAGCCGUUACAAUGACUACUGUUGCCGGUUCUUUUGGCUAUCUUGCACCAGAGUAUGCUCAUACAACAAGAGUUAAUGAGAAGAUCGACGUUUAUAGCUUUGGAGUCGUUCUCUUGGAACUCACCACCGGCAGGGAGGCUAACAAUGGGACCGAAGACAUGUGCCUUGCUGAUUGGGCACGGCAUCAUGUCCAAGAUGGCAAGCCGAUAUCCAAUGCGAUAGAUGAGAAGAUCAAGGGCAACUCGUACCUAGAUGAAGUUAGCAAUGUCUUUAAGCUCGGGAUCUUUUGCACUGCUACUCUGCCUUCCUCGAGGCCAACAAUGAAGGAGGUAUUGCAAUUGCUGCUCAAAUGUAGCGAUCAGCUUCACAAUGUCGAGAAGAAAUCCCGACACAACUUCGAUGUCGCUCCCCUCCUCGGAAAUUCUAAGUACCAGGAAAUGCCACACAGCGAUUAUCAUGUUCUCGAGUACAACACUUAUUGACCGUUUGCACUAAAACAGUUGCAGAAGCUUCGUGAAGGUAUGUGGACAGCCAGCUUCUGUGGGACUUCCUCAACUUAUCCUAAAAAAGGACGAGCAUCAAGCGUUUUGUCUGUGUAUUAUUUUCUGAAUGUAUACUAUAGAAUUUACAGAACAUAAGAGAGACGGAUUUGUAAAUUUGAGCAAGACAGAUUCAGAACAAGGUUGUGCACUUUGUGCAGAAGGUGUAGAGCAAACCUAUAAUUAUAGAGGCAAUAAAAGAUCGAAGAUGAAGAGCACUCCUGCUACUUAAGGCUUCAAAGAUGAUAGUCACAUCAGCAACGAAAGGUGUUGCUGUACAGUGAAUAUCACCGUGAGAUGUCUGAUCUUUUGCCGCAUUUGCAGCUCACUAAAGCUGGCAAAUCCGUCGAUGGCUUGAAAGUAAAUUCCUGAACUCAGACAAUUUUUCGAAUCGCUAUUAUAUGAUGCUGACACAAA